UAGUCACUGAUCAAUGUUCGUCGUCUGAGAGUACUAUUUAACAUUUUAUCAUCGCUAUCAUUAAGAAUAUCAGACGGGUAACAUAAAUAGUAGAUUUGGAAUUAAAUUUUGGGUAUUACAUUUAUUUAGAAUUAGUCAGAAUCAAUUCACGACAUAAUAUGUGACUAAAUAACGUGUAUUUUACGUUUUACGUUAACAUAGUGAAAUUAAAUGAUAUGCUCUAAUAAUUUCAAUCAAUCAGUUAUUGCUUAUAUGGAUGUUUGAUAUUUUUAUUGAAGGUUUAAGCGAAAUACAAACCAGUCUUUUUUAUGAUGGCGUGAAUGUCCUAAAGUUUGUGACGAAAAAUAAAUAAGAUUUAAGAGGCUACACAUGGGACUUUUCGAUUACAAUGUAUAAAAUGCUGCAGCAUUAAACUUUUACAGUUUCAAGCAUCAAUAUUCUUCAUUUAAGAUGAUAAAUGAAUGAUUAUUCCAACCAACUUUGAUAAAAUAUAAACACUGAUUUAAUUAAAUAUAAACCUCAAUUAAACUGUCCAAAGUGUAUCUUACCUAAUAUCCAAACAGCGCCCCGCGCCGCAUAAUAUAUGUGAUAGUUUUCGGUUGAUAUCUAUCUGUCAAUUUGGUAAUAGAGAAAGAAUGAAGCGGUUGGAAUUUCACGUUGCGGACUAUGUUGUUAUGCUAUUUUUCUUAGCAAUAUCUUCUGCAAUAGGUAUUUAUUAUGGGUUUUUCAAAAAACAAAGGACUACAGAGGAAUAUAUUCUUGGUAACAGACAAAUACAUCUUGUUCCUGUUGCUCUGUCUUUGGCAGUUACCUUCCAGUCUGCAUCAUCUAUAAUUGGAUUACCAAGUGAAGUAUAUUUAUAUAACAUUAUGGUGUUCUAUAUAACAUUUGGAAUUUCAUUGGCGAAUAUCGUGCAGGCAUUUGUCAUUGUACCGUUGAUACAUCCGUUAAGAUUGACCAGCGCUUAUGAGUAUCUCCUGCGGCGUUUCCGGUCAAGAUGGGUCCAGCUGCUAGGCAUGACCAUGGGAAUGUUACAAACGCUACUUUAUGUCAGUAUUGUAUUGUAUUCACCAGCCCUGGCACUGGAAGCAGUUGCAGGAAUCCCUAUCUGGUUAUCAAUUGUAUUAAUUGGCGUUUUAGGGACUUUCUACACUGCCAUUGGUGGAAUGAGGACAGUUAUAUGGACGGACACAUUUCAGUUCAUAAUGCUUUAUGGUGGCCUCACAGUCAUCCUGGUCUUGGGUGGGAUGAAAAUCGGAAGCUUCUCAAAGAUUUAUGAAUUAUCAUUAAAGGGAGGUCGGAUGAAAUUCGAUGAGAUUAAUCCCGACCCUCGGAUACGUCAUUCUGUUUGGGGAUGUGUUAUAGGCGGGGUGUUUAACUGGCUGCCUAACUGUUGUAAUCAGUCAGCAAUACAAAGAAUAUCAUCUAUAGAAACAAAGAAGCAUGCUAAAAUAGCUACUCUACUAAAUAUACCACUAUGUAUCAUAUUUGACUUCAUCCUGAUACUCACUGGUCUAGUCCUUUAUGCCUACUUCGUUACAACAGAAUGUGGUCCACUAGAGAGUGACCAAUUAUCAAAUCCGAAUCAGUUGAUGAUAUAUUUCGUCAUGAAUGUAUUACGUGGUGUUCCGGGUCUUGCCGGCAUAUUUCUUGCAGCAGUUUUCAGUGGGGCUUUAAGUUCUCUUUCGUCUGGUAUAAACUCUAUGGCUACAAACACCCUCCAGGACGUGCUGGGUAACUAUCUUAAAGACGCUUUCCAGGCUAAAAAGACGUUGAUUGCAAAAUGUUUAGUGUUUGUGUAUGGAAUAUUGACAGUUGUGUUGGCUUAUUUAUCUCAAUAUCUGACAGGACCAGUUACACAGAUGGGGCAAACAGCGUUUGGAGCAGCGGGUGGUCCAGUCGUCGGCUUAUUUUUCCUGGGCUCUGUCUUCCCACAAGCUAACAAGAAGGGGGCGCUUGCUGGAGGAAUUAUUGGUGUUGUUAUCAAUAUGUGGAUUGCUCUAGGAUCAUUUUUAUACGGCAAUAAAGCUCCAUUGUCACAGCCAGUCACUACUUCCGGGUGUUUUAAGAACAACACAGUUGUUUCAGAACUGCACUUGGCACCCACCACCGAAUAUUAUACUCUCGAUUCCUUAAAUCAUCACAACAACAGUUACUCAACAUUGGAUACUACUAAUAUAUAUCAUCAGAGUGAAAAUGGUCUUCAUAUAGCCCUUUAUGACCUCUCGUACAUGUGGCUAGGAUUAAUUGGUUUUCUUAUAUCAGUAACGAUUGGGCUGGUUGUCAGCUUCAUAACAGGUAAAGAUAAAGAUUCCCCUACCGAACCACGGUACAUCAUACCUUGUUUACGACGGGUAUGGACAUUUGACCAGUCAACUCUGCAUACAAUGUCUGUAAAUGGCGAGGCUUUAACCGAGAAAGAAAUUACAGUUAAUGAUAUUUAUGUGUAAUUUGAUGUUAAAUAUACAUAAUUGUAUCGUAUUCUUAUUGAAUAUGUGAAAUAAAUCAUUAUUUAUAUCAUCA